AUGGAAUUUCCUUUACAACAAGCUUGUAUGAAUAAUGACUUUAAAACUGUAAAAGAAUUGGUCUCGGAAGAUCAUUCAUUAGUUUUUAAAAAAGAUAGUGAUGGAAGAGUUGGGUUACAUUGGGCUGUUUCUUUUCAGUUUGAACCUAUUAUUGACUAUUUACUCUCAUUUAUGAAAGAAAUGGAUAUCGAUGAUUUAGUGGAUGAUGCAGGUUGGACUCCAUUCCACAUUGCUUGUUCUGUAGGUAGUUUAAAUACCGUGAAAAAAUUAUAUGAGGGAGAUCUCAAGCCAAAUCUAGAUUUGCUUACAUUACAAGGCGUCUCUGCUCUUCAUUUAGCCGUGUCAAAAAAACAUCUACCUAUAGUCGAGUUUCUACUGAAUAAAGGUGCCUCAGUUAGAGUUAAAGAUAAAAAAUUACAAUUACCAAUACAUAGAGCUGCUGCAAUUGGGUCAAUGGCAAUGGUUGACAUUCUAUGUCAAAAGAAUAGUCCAGUGAACGCAAAAGAUUUCCAAGGAUGGACUCCACUAUUCCAUGCAUUGGCAGAAGGUCACGGUGAUGUGGCGGUCCUGUUGGUUAAUAAAUACAGUGCUGACUAUGAAAGUACUGAAAAUUCAAACGGAGAGAAACCAUUGGACGUGGCAUUGAAUGAACAAGUUAAGGAUUAUUUCAUUAAAAAUGUCCAAUAA